AGAAUAAAGGAAAUAGAUACAAGAGAUAUGUUGGCAAUAGAUCAACAGUACAAGACUCAUGGGGCUGAAGGGGAAGCUAUGUGUUCCUUUUUGGACAUGUUGAGUUUGAGAUGUCUGUGGGACACCCAGUUUGAAAUAUACAUUUGGCGGUUGGGAAUGAGAGACUAGAAUUCAGGAUAGAAAGGGGAGCUAUGUGGUGCAGUGGAUAAAGCACCAACUCUGAAGUCUGGAGGAUCUGAGUUCAAAUGUGACCUCAAAUAUCUUAAUACUUAAUAUCUAACUGUGUGAUCCUGGAUAGGUUGUCCCUCAGAAACCUCAAUUGCCUCAAGGGAGAAAAAAAGAAAAAAGGAAAGAAUGGACUGAAUAAAUACAUGGAGGAAUAAUUUCCAUAAAGAUGAUUCAAUCUAUGGGAGCUGAGGUUGGGGGCAAAGGGACAUUGGAUCACUGGUCCUUUCAGGGAACUCCUAUUUUACCUGCUCUAAGAAACUCUACUCUGAUAUUUGCCCAGCCUCCUCAUGGGAUCAUUGUCCCACCCUCGUCGUGUGUGUGUAUAUUGGUGUGACUCCCUUUUAUUAACCUCUGGUGUUUCCUGAAUACCAGCAGUGUAAGAGCCACUGGGGAGAAGUGAGUUCUAUUCUAGUGCUAAGCAAUCUUACAGAUCCAAAAAAAAGGAGGAGACACUGUCAGAGGAGGAAUGACAUGAGGGUAAAUGCAAAGAGAAUCAGAAGCGAUGCUUAUUAUUCAUUUGGUGCCUGCAAAGUGGGUACAUCAGGCAGUCUUCCCAGAAAAAAAAUUUUAGUGUGUAUGUGGAGGAGUUAUCUGAAGGCGGGGAAAGACAGUGUUUGAUGGGCAGGGAGAGGCAGGUCUGUGUGUGCAUAUCUAUUUCCGUGUGUGUCUAUUCCUUUGUUUGCAUGUAUCUCUUCCUGUGUGUGCAUGUAUCUAUUCCUGUGUAUGAAUGUAUCUAUUCCUGUGUGUGCAUCUAAAUAUGUCUCUCCCUCCUCCCUGCUUGGGAUCACUUAAGAGCUAUGAGCAGGAAAAGGACAUGCCAGGAUAUGCUAGGGUGGGUGUGUUGAAACCUGCCUCUAGAGCAGGUCCUACCAGCCCAGCUUGGAGAGUGCAGCGGAAGCAAGCACCAGGUGUCGGCACAGCAGUGGUGAACACAGGUCCCCAUUGUAAUAAAAGAGGAGCACUGGAGUUUCUGGCUUCUCCCUGUUUCCUCUACUCCAUCUUGGUUGUCCCUGGCCCUUCCCGCCCAACUUGAGGGAUAAUGUCCUUAGCUUAGCCCACUUGUUGGGGAAAUGUCGGCCAACUCCACCUCCACUGGCCCUGAUAUCCCCGCGUGUCCUGACUAUCGACUUUUCCACCGCCUGCACCUGGUGGGCUACAGUCUGGUGCUUGCCACUGGUCUUCCCCUCAACGCCUUGGCACUAUGGGUGUUCCUCCGAGCCCUACAGGUCCACUCGGUGGUCAGUGUCUACAUGUGUAACCUGGCAGCUAGCGAUCUGCUUUUUACCCUUUCCUUGCCCCUGCGGAUAUCCUACUACGCUCUUCACUACUGGCCCCUUCCCGACCUCCUGUGCCAGACAGCAGGGGCUGCCUUCCAGAUGAAUAUGUACGGCAGCUGCAUUUUCUUGGCCCUCAUCAAUAUGGAUCGUUAUGUUGCAAUCGUCCACCCGCUGCGGCUCCGCCACCUACGCAGGCCUAUGGUGGCAAGACUGCUCUGCCUGGGGGUCUGGGCUUUGAUCCUGGUGUGUGCUGUGCCUGCUGCUCGGGUUCAUGCUCCCUCACCUUGCUAUUAUGAGAACAUCACUGUCAACCUGUGCUUCGAGAGCUUCAGUGAGAAGUUGUGGCAGGGCAAGCUGCUGCCGCUGGUACUUCUUGCUGAAGGGCUGGGUUUCAUACUGCCCUUGAUAACCAUGAUCUACUCUUCCAGUCGGGUCUUCUGGACCUUGGCCCGGCCCAGCACCACCAGGAGUGAAAGACGCAGGAAAACGGUGCGCCUCCUGCUGGCUAACCUGGUCAUUUUCCUCCUGUGCUUUGUGCCCUACAAUACGGCCCUGGCUGUGUAUGGGCUGCUUAGGGGAAAGCUGGUAGAUGCCAGCUCCGAAGCCCGGGACAAGGUGCGCCAGGUGUUGGUGGUGAUGGUAGUGUUGGCUAGUGCCAACUGUGUCUUAGAUCCCCUUGUGUACUAUUUCAGUGCAGAGGGCUUCCGAAACACCCUACGAGACCUGGGAACUACACGAUGGGUAAAAGUCAGAUCUGCCAAUGGAUCUCAGGGACUACCUAGGCAACGGGAAAGUGGUACUCUCUCCACUAAUGUUGAGGACACCUCUCACUGUGAACUGCUCUCACCUACACCUCUGGAAAAGUCCUUCACUCAACCCAUCAAAGAUUCAACUAUCUGAGCAGAAACACUGGCUGGAUUUCCCCUCCAACUCCAAUCUCAUGCACUUUAUGAGAUUGUAAAUGAUCAAGGUAGUGUGGAGACAGGAUAGGUACCCAGACUCAGCUUUCAAUCUUGGCUCUUAUUUCCAGGAACAAACAAAGUCUUAAGUAUAAAGAAGGAGUGCUAUAGAACCGUCUUUCUUAAAGAGGAGGAGAAAUCCUUUCCUCUUUCCUCUGCCCAAAGAUAGGGAAACCUGAAUGCCAAGUUCUGAAUUUGGCCCAUUUGAAGUUACCCAGUUGAACAGUCUGCUGAAAAGCUUCCUCACUAGAAUUUUUUCUGCAAGGUAUGCUUCCUCAUACCACUGGGCCUUAGAUCCCUUUAUUUUGUUUUGUAGGAGUGGGGUGGUAGGGAAGGAUGGAGGAGUCAUCGACUAAUAAAAUUGAAGGUAGGAAAUGA